AGAGAGAGAGAGAUACCAAUGGCUGACUGAAGCAACCUAGAGAGAGAAAGUGGGAUGAUCACGGAGAGGUGUGUCCCAAGAGCUGCCCUCCUCCUGCAAACAUGAAGACCGUGUCCAAGUCCUCCUCCAUGCUUGGCAAACCGAAGAAGCAAGCCGUAGCCUCCCUCACCACCCCAUCUCGCAGAUCAAGAACCAAGACUCGCAAGCCCAAGUUCUUGAGCCUCGGCCUUCAAAUCUCCCCUCAAAGCUCCCGAGCGAGCGCCGACCACAUGAACCGUACUUACCACCGCAAAACCAGUCGCCACCGCCGCCGUAAACACCAGCUGAACUUGUUCCCCCUCCACCCACAAACCCACUCGGCCAACCACGGCGACGGAGAUCAAGACCAUCUCCACGACGAAAACGACGUCGCCCUGCUGUUCGACUCCGCCGCCGGCGCCGCCGGCGCCACCCUGACCGGCCUCCUCGCCCCCACCUCGGCAGUCGCCGCCGCACCCGCCUCCUCCGGGGUGAAGGAGGAGGAAGAAUCGGCGGUGUCGUCGCUGAUACGGUGCGCUAUGAAGAGCAGCAGCAGAGAUAGGGGGGGCAGCAGCGAAGAGAAGUGGGUUUGCUACAGCGAGGUCAUCGUCGAGGCGGAGAAGAAGGCGGAGAUGGAGGAAGUGACCAGCUGCGCCGCCGACGCGUGGAGGGGAGGGCGGGGAACGCACCACGGGACGAUGCUGUCGCUGAAGCUCGACUAUCAGGAGAUCCUGGACGCCUGGUCCGACAAGGGCUCGCUCUUCGUUUGUGGCGGGGAUGCCAGCCACGAGACGCCUCAGACCGUGCCCGACUUGAUGCGCGUUGACAACCAGGGGCCGACGGAUGGGUGGGAAAAUGUGUGGAGAGUCCCGGAGAGAGCGGUGGAAACUGAAGCCACCGUCAAGGUCAGGGAUGUGAUCACGGAGGGCGGCGACAGCGGCAAGCUCAGCGACAAGAUUAGACAACGAGAGGCGAGCGUGAUGCGGUACAAGGAGAAGAGGCACAGCCGGCUCUUCUCCAAGCGCAUUCGGUACGAGGUCAGGAAGCUCAAUGCCCAGAAACGACCCCGUAUUAAGGGCCGAUUCGUGCGAAGAGAUUGCGAAGAUUAAACUGAGCUCGCGCGCGUUAUUAUGUAUAGUAUAGCAAAUUGAAGGUAGGCAAAAUGGGCAGAAUAAUGUUUCGAUGUCCGAGGAGGUGUAUUCGUCGCUUUUAAGAACCUGUGUAAUAAAAAGGUUUCCCGAGUCUUUUACAGA